UAGCCAUUAAUUUUUGAUUCAAUUGGUUUGGCUGGGGACAAUUUCCUUUUUGGAAUGUAUCAGUCGUGACCAAACACUCCCUUUAAAUUUUGUUAGUUCAGUAAAGGGCCACGUAGCCUCCUUCUUAACCACCACUGUUUUCCAAGUAUCCACGUCAUAUUCACUUCCACGUGGCAGUAAUCUAGUGGUCAAAAUACGCAAAACCAUAAAACUCUAAACAAGAGAAUAAAAGGAGAACAACUUCCACCUCCAUUUUCAAACCUCUGCAAAGAGAGAAUCAUAUAUCAUUCUCACUCAGUUUGGGGUCAAAGCAAUCAUAUAGUCAUGGGACUGAGAUCUCUCCCAGCUUUGACAACUCCACCAAGAAGCAAUUUCUUUCCAAAUUUAAACGUAACCCAAUUCUCAUCUAAGUCCUACAAUGGAGCUCUGACCAAGAAGAGCUCGAAAUUCAGUGUGUUAGCAGCCAAAAAGGAAGAAGAACCAAAGAAGAAUAAGCAGUCUUUGUUUAGUAGUGUAACAGAGGCACUUGAUUUUUCUCAAGUUAGGUCAGAAGAAGAUGCUGAGCUUCUAGAAGAUGCUAGACAAGCUACCAAAUCAGGAGAAAAGAUGAGCACAGAACAGUAUGGAGCUCUCAGAAGGAAAAUUGGAGGAACCUACAAAGAUUUUUUCAAAUCCUACGUUGAAGUGGAUGGACAAUAUGUGGAAGAAGGGUGGGUGGACAAAACUUGUAAAGUGUGCAAGAAAGAUACAAGGGGUGAGGCAAGACAAGUUGAUAAGCUUGGGAGAUAUGUUCAUGUGGCUUGUUUGGAUAAACCAAAAUCAGGAAACUUUUUCACCAGGCUCUUCUCAAGCUGAAGGCCUUAAUUAAUUAAUUUUUUUUUCACCUUGAAAUUUUAGUUUGAAAACUUAGCUAGCCAAACAUGGUAUAGUAUAGAAUAUAGCAUGAUAGAAAGAUUGGUUUUUGUAUCAUAUAUUUAUUAUUAAUGGUUCAUAGAUCAACUUCAAAAUACUUUACUUAGUGGAAA